CUACCAAAAUCCAAAAUACUACAUUUAAAUAUGAUGUAAACAAACUGCCAUAGGUUGCCAAAAGUUCUUUUCUGAUUAUAAAAAUAGCGGGAAAACGUUACCUAGUUUCAUUACCAAUUUCUGCAUUAUAGUGUAUGAUUAUUAACGAAAAUUUCCAAAUAACUAACUUCGAUACUUCGAAAUUAUCCUAGUGAAUCGAGACCCUAAGAUCUUCAACCCUUCUAACGGAUUUUAAGGGUUGAACGUUCUUCAUGUGAAGCCAUUAUUAUUAUGGAGGAGGAAGUUGAAAACGAUCAAAAUCUACCUCGUAGAUCUUUAAGACUGGCUUUAAGUGAAAUAAACGAGACUUCUCCAGAUCAAAAUACUCCAAAUAAAAACAGCAAUGUUGAAGAAUUAUUGGUGAUACAGAGAGGUCCAAGAAAGAAACCUAUAACUUGGUCCCCUGUUGAAUAUGAUAGGUUGAAGUUAUUGGGUCCACCAAGAGAAAAGACUCCGGAACCAGUUGUGGUUCGAAAAUCUGAUAUAAAUCCAAGACUUAGAAGAAGACUGAUUAUGACUCCAGAAAAGAAUCCAUCUCAGGAAUUAGGAUAUUUUAUUGCCAAGAAACUGAAGUCUUUAAGCCAGCCAAAAUAUUAAAGGUUAUUAAUUAGGUCUUUUAUAUUAUUAUUUUCGAAAUUAUAAUGAUAAGUUUUACUUUUAUUUAUAACUAAGAAUUCAUAUACAAGUGUUUUUUAGUAAUUCUCUAUAUUAGUUGAAAUGUCAGAGAGUUUAUGUCAAUUAUAUUUUAUCAGUAAAUAUUUUUAUGAGGCUCGAGAAAGAAAAUAUUAAAUUUCAACUACUUAAAUAUUUAUUGAAAUGCAGAGGUGUAAUAAUACAAAUUAAAAUACUAAUUGUUUUCGUUAGAUAAUUUUACUUAGACUUUUUUCUUCUGGAGUAGUUGUAACUGGUAUAUUAAGCAUUUGCCUGAACAGUUCUAAAUAUUUAUGCCAUAAAUGUUAUUUACAUAUUAAAAAGAAAUGUUUAAUGUAUAUUUUAUGAAGUGAUAAAAUGUUUUUAUUCAAUAUGUAUAUCCGAAUGUGCCUUUUAGAAUAUCAAAUUAUACAAAUAAUAAAUACAAAUUGCUUCAUUAUAAAUCUAUUUUAUUUAUUAUAUAUUUAUUAUUGCACAAACAGAAAAAAAAACAAUGUCACAAAAUUUAUCACUGAGACAAAUUUAUGGAUACAGUAACAUUACCAUUUAGGGUUGUUUUUUUUAUUAUGUACUGUAAUCAGCAACAAGUUACAUUUAUUUUAACUGAUGGGAAAAUAUUAAUUUACUUCCAUCUAGUAAUAUGGCUUGGCCAAUAAAUAAAAUUUAUAGGG